AUGGCAACAAGAGAAGGAGGAGCACCCUGUGGAGCUUGUAAGUUUCUGAGGAGAAAGUGUAUGAAAGGGUGUGUGUUUGCCCCUUAUUUCUCUACAGAACAACUGGGGCCAGCCCAUUUUGCUGCAAUACAUAAGAUCUUUGGUGCAAGUAACUUCUCUAAGUUGCUGCAGAACAUUACAUCGGAACAAGAAAGAUUUGAUGCAGUUGUCAGCAUAUCGUACGAGGCCCAGGCGCGCCUCCAGGAUCCCACUUAUGGCUGUGUUUCACACAUCUUUGCUCUUCAACAACAGGUUGCACAUUUGCAAGCCGAACUGAGCAUUGCCCACUCUAGGCUUUCUUCUGUCUCUGAUAGGACAUCAUUGAGUCCUUCCCCUUACGCUGAACAAUCAACUUCUUCAUAUGCUAGACUCUACGGAAAUUGUUCUUCUUCAAGUGAACCACAGUCCAAACAUCCAAGUGCACGAGAGAAUGCUGCAUUUUACCUCGAGGUGAAAACGGAUAGGAAUUCGUGCUCUCCCACCAACAUGGACUACUACGAAGAUCUCUCAGUAGACCAUCAAAUGAAUGCUUUCGAAUAUGAGAUAAACUCAUUGCCGGCAAGUCAGGUGUAUGAGGGAGAUCUCCACUCUUUGGCUUUUAAUAUCCUUAGAAAUAGAAGCUGA